GGAGUCGUGUUUUCUCUGGCGGGACGUGGAGUGAGCAAACUCAGCCGCACGGCAUCUCCCCCUCGGCGUGCGGACGACGUUUAUGAUGAUGGAUUUUUCCUCGCGUCGGGCCACAUUUCUUGGGUUGAUGGGAUCUUCUCUUCUCAGGCGCUGGACCAGGACCGAACCUCCCUCCAGAAGGUGAAGAAAUCAGUGAAGGCCAUUUACAGUUCUGGUCAAGAUCAUGUUCAGAAUGAAGAAAACUACGCGCAGGCUCUGGACAAGUUCGGCAGCAACUUCAUCAGCCGGGACAACCCGGACCUGGGCACGGCCUUCGUCAAGUUCUCCUCCCUGACCAAGGAGCUCUCUGCCCUCCUGAAGAACCUGGUGAGUCCAGAGUCCAGCACCGGGGGGGGGGGGCUGUCCAGCCAUCCCCACCUGGACAGGAAGAGGGAGAACUUCCCGUCCCGAGGCUGUUUUACCCGUCUCCACUCGUCUAAGUGGCUCCAGAGCCUCAGCCACAAUGUGAUCUUCACCCUGGACUCUCUGCUGAAGGGGGACCUGAAAGGCGUGAAGGGGGACAUAAAGAAACCCUUUGACAAAGCGUGGAAGGACUACGAGGCCAAGUUCACAAAGAUAGAGAAGGAGAAGCGGGAGCACGCCAAGCAGCACGGCAUGAUCCGCACCGAGAUCACCGGGGCUGAGAUCGCAGAGGAGAUGGAAAAGGAACGGCGCCUGUUCCAGCUCCAGAUGUGCGAGUACCUGAUCAAAGUCAACGAGAUCAAGACCAAGAAGGGAGUGGACCUCCUGCAGAACCUGAUUAAGUAUUACCACGCGCAGUGCAAUUUCUUCCAAGAUGGCUUGAAGACGGCGGAUAAGCUGAAGCAGUACAUUGAGAAGCUGGCAGCCGAUCUGUACAAUAUCAAACAAACUCAGGACGAGGAAAAGAAGCAGCUCACUGCUCUGCGAGAUCUGAUCAAGUCCUCCCUCCAGCUGGACCAGAAGGAGGACUCCCAGAGUAAGCAGGGGGGCUACAGCAUGCACCAGCUGCAGGGGAACAAGGAGUUCGGGAGUGAGAAGAAAGGCUACCUGCUGAAGAAGAGCGACGGGCUGAGGAAGGUGUGGCAGAGAAGACAGUGCUCAGUGAAGGGGGGCAUGCUCACCAUCUCUCAUGCCACGUCCAACAGGCAGCCCGUCAAACUCAACCUGCUCACCUGCCAGGUGAAGCCGAGCGCCGAGGACAGGAAAUGCUUCGAUCUCAUCUCUCAUAACCGGACAUAUCACUUCCAAGCUGAAGAUGAACAGGAGUUUGUCAUUUGGAUCUCGGUGCUGACCAACAGCAAGGAGGAGGCGCUGAACAUGGCGUUCCGCGGCGAGCAGAGCAGCGGCGGGGAGGACGGCCUGGAGGACCUGACCAAGGCCAUCAUAGAGGACGUGCUGCGGAUGCCGGGCAACGAAGUCUGCUGCGACUGCGGAGCUGCAGACCCCAAGUGGCUCUCCACCAACCUGGGGAUCCUCACCUGCAUCGAGUGCUCCGGCAUCCACCGGGAGAUGGGCGUCCACAUCUCCCGCAUCCAGUCCAUGGAGCUGGACAAGCUGGGAACCUCAGAGCUCCUGCUGGCAAAGAAUGUAGGAAACAGUAGUUUCAAUGAGAUCAUGGAGGGAAACCUCACCACCCCAUCACCAAAGCCGACCCCCUCCAGUGACAUGACGAUGAGGAAGGAGUUCAUCAACGCCAAGUAUGUGGACCACAAAUACGCCAGGAAGACGUGCACGUCUGCAGCCGCCAAGAUGAUCGAGCUGUUCGAGGCGGUUCAGUCCCGGGACCUGCUGGCUCUGAUCCAGGUCUACGCGGAGGGCGUGGAGCUCAUGGAGCCACUUCCAGAGGCAGGACCGGAGUCCGGGGAAACUGCACUGCACUACUCAGUACGGACAGCUGACCAUACCUCACUGCACCUGGUGGAUUUCCUGGUGCAGAACAGUGGGAACCUGGAUAAGCAGACGGAGUGGGGGAACACCGCCCUGCACUACUGCUGCAUGUACGAAAAGCCCGAGUGCCUCAAGUUACUCCUGAGGGGAAAACCGGCCACCGACAUCCCCAAUCAGAACGGAGAGACGGCCCUGGAUGUUGCCAGGCGACUGAGGAACACUCAGUGCGAAGAAGCGCUUGUGCAGGCCGCAGAAGGGAAAUUCAACCCUCACAUCCACGUGGAGUAUGAGUGGAGCCUCAGACUGGAGGAGAUGGACGAGAGCGAUGACGACCUGGAUGAUAAGCCCAGUCCCAUCAAGAAGGACCGCUCCCCGAGGCCCCAGAGCUUCUGCCACUCCUCCAGCCUGUCCCCCCACGACAAGCUCUCCCUGCCGGGCUUCAUCAGCCAGCGGGACAAGCAGCAGCGGCUGUCCUACAGCGCCUUCACCAACCAGAUGUACAGCGCCUCCACCGACCUCAGCUCCUCCCCGGUGGCCGACGGGCCGCCGCUGCCCCCCCGAAACCAGGGCAAAGCUCCACACUUGGCAUUCCUUGGCUCUCAUUCGCACUACGCCACACUGGCUGGCACCCGACCAUACAUCACUCCUCCCCCAUCCGGCCCUCCCUCCACACUCACCCCGGGAGGCAGCUCCACCCUGUCCAAGAAGAGACCUCCGCCCCCCCCUCCUGGACACAAACGCACCCUGUCCGACCCACCCAGCCCGCUCUCUCACAGUCCACACAGUAAAGGGGGCGUGACCGGGGGAAGUGAUUCCACCCCUCCUCCGGUCAGUAAGAUGUCCCCCGUUUCCAACAAGUUUGAAGGCAUUCCUCAGCAGCAAAGCACUACUUCAAGCAACACAAAGUCUACACUUGGUCCCAGGGUUCUUCCCAAACUACCUCAGAAA